AGUCAGUAUCAUCCAGCAACACUAAGCUCAACAAAAUAGCAUCAAUGACCCAGAAAAUGACCAUCCUACCCGUGCUCUUCAUGUUGGUCCUCGCUCUACAAUCUCCCAAAGUGCUGCAGGCAAAAGAGACUAGUGAAGGAGAGCAGGCCGCUUUAGCAAUCUGCGAGAUGCUCUGUAAGGACAAAUCUGAGAAAGGCCCCCAUUGCGUUGAGAUGUGCGGCCUUGGGCAGCGGGCCAAUGCGGCGUUCCUCGAGGGUUUCACGUGCCAUAGCAAAUGCCCCGAGCUAAAGGAACCCCCUUCCAUCAAGGCUUGCGAGGAUGGAUGCCAAAAAAAAUAUGAGGCUGGACUUGCGGAGAUCGUCAAGGCGUGCCACACCAUCUGUGGUAUGGGAGAGACGGACCCUUCUCGCAUCGAGACCUGCAAGAAGUCCUGCACCUCGCCUGCUAUCGCCGACACUCCUAAACGUUGAUGAUGUGGAAAUGAGCCACCUGUGCAUGCAUCAUCGAUCGGCUGGCUACACGCCCAUGGUUAGCACCCGAUGCUCCUGCGCCAAGCUACACUAUUAAUUUUCUUAAUUACCUAGCUAAUUGCUUCUGCUCCUAUUAUCCACCGAUCGAAGGAUAGAUUGAUAGCCCUUUCAGCGUGUGGUGGAUCGAAUGUCCUCUCCAAAUAUACAACAAGAUUUGGUUAUUUUUUGUUUGGUCAAAUAAAUGCUAUAUGCACAGGAUCCGUGUCCCAUGAUGGGUAAAUGUACACGACUAUGAUUAUAUAUUCUUUACUUAAGUACAU